GGCGGCGAGCUCUCCAUGUGACUUCAGUUUCCGUCCUCUGUUCCUUCCGCAAGUGCUAAAAUAAUCUGAUGCCCCAGAGCGAGUAGGCAGCGCGGCAGCGGCAACUGCUGUCCAGGAGGCCGGGGCCCCCCGGAGACGAUGCUCCCCGCGGAGUCGCCUGGGCUUGCGGGAGCCGGGAGUAUUUCGUGCGUGGGCUCACCGCCGGGCACCGCCAGGCUCCUCGAGUGCUGUGCUUGAGAUGGAGUUCCUGCCCUUUUGGCUCUGCCUGGGUUUUCCCUUCUUGGUUGUGGAAUGGAGGCACGGAGGAGGGGCGGCCGCUGCAGCUUCCCAAGGAGGCUGCAAGGUGGUGGAUGGAGUCGCUGACUGCCGGGGGCAGAACCUUGCUUCGGUGCCCAGAAGCCUCCCAUCGCAUCCCUGGAUGCUCAUUCUGGAUGCCAACCCUCUCAGGGUCCUGUGGAAUCAUUCCCUCCGGGCCUACCCACGCCUGGAGAGCCUCAGUCUGCACAGCUGCCACCUGGACCGUAUCGGCCACUACGCCUUCCAAGGGCAGGGCCACUUACGCAGCCUGGGCCUGGCAGACAACCGCCUCUCCGAGAACUACAAGGAGACAGCGGCAGCCCUCCACACCCUGUUAGGACUCCGGAGCCUGGACUUGUCCGGAAACUCCCUGACGGAAGACAUGGCAGCCCUCAUGCUUCAGAACCUCUCCUCGCUGGAGGCUGUGUCUUUGGCAAGGAAUGCCCUCAUGAGGCUCGAUGAGUCUGUCUUUGAGGGCCUGGAGCACCUCAGGGAGCUGGAUUUGCAGAGAAACUACAUCUUUGAGAUUGAGGGUGGUGCUUUCGACGGCCUGACUGAACUGAGGCGUCUCAACCUUGCCUACAACAACCUCCCGUGCAUUGUGGACUUCAGCCUCCCGCAGUUGCGGUUCCUCAACGUCAGUUACAACAUCCUGGAGUGGUUCCUGGCAGCCAGGGAGGAGGCGGCCUUUGAACUGGAGAUCCUGGACCUGUCUCACAACCAGCUGCUCUUUUUCCCUCUCCUGCCCCAGUGCGGCAAGCUGCACACCCUCCUGCUACGGGACAACAACAUGGGUUUCUACAGGGACCUCUAUAACACCUCCUCACCGCAGGAGAUGGUAGCCCAGUUCCUUCUUGUGGAGGGCAACGUGACCAACAUCACCACGGUCAACCUCUGGGAAGAGUUUGCCUCCAGCGACCUGUCAGCCCUUCGCUUCCUGGACAUGAGCCAAAACCAGUUCUGGCACCUGCCGGAUGGCUUCCUGAAGAAAACCCCAGCCCUUUCCCACCUGAACCUCAACCAAAAUUGCCUGAAGAUGCUCCACAUUCGGGAGCACGAGCCCCCCGGGGCGCUCACUGAGCUGGAUCUGAGCCACAACCAGCUGGCAGAGCUGCGCCUCGCUCCGGGGCUCACCGACUGCCUCAGGAACCUCCAAGUGUUCAACCUGAGCUCCAACCAGCUCCUGGGAGUCCCCACUGGCCUUUUCGACCACGCCAGCAACAUCACUACAAUUGACAUGAGCCACAAUCAGAUCUCACUCUGUCCCCGGACGGUGCCCUUAGACUGGCCGGGGCCCUCCAGGUGCGUGGAUUUCAGAAACAUGGCCUCCUUGAGGAGCCUUUCUCUGGAGGGCUGUGGCCUGAAGGCAUUACAAGACUGCCCAUUCCAGGGUACCUCCCUCACUCAUUUAGACCUGUCUGGCAACUGGGGGGUUCUGAAUGGAAGCAUCAGCCCUCUCUGGGCUGUUGCCCCCACGUUACAGGUCCUGGCGCUCAGGAAUGUGGGCCUCAGUUCCGGCCCGGCAGAGAUGGACUUCUCUAGGUUUGGGAAUCUGAGGGAGCUGGAUCUUUCCGGAAAUUCCUUGACCAGCUUCCCAAGGUUCAGCGGCAGCCUGGCCCUUCGGACUCUUGACCUCCGCAGAAACUUCCUCACGGCCCUUCCCCAGAGGGCUGUGUCUGAGCAGCCGCUGAGGAGUCUGCAGGCCAUCUACCUCAGCCAGAACCCUUACGACUGCUGUGGGGUGGAGGGAUGGGGGGCCCUGCAGCACUUCAAGACCGUUGCAGACUUGGCCAUGGUCACGUGCAACCUCUCUUCCAGGAUCGUCCGAGUGGUCGAGCUGCCCGAAGGUGUGCCUCGGGACUGUAAGUGGGGGCAGGUGGACACCGGCCUGUUCUACCUCGUCCUCAUUCUGCCCAGCUGCCUCACCCUGCUGGUGGCCUGCACCAUCAUCUUCCUCACUUUUAAGAAGCCUUUGCUUCAGGUCAUCAAGAGCCGAUGUCACUGGUCAUCCAUAUACUGACCUACGUGCCGAGGCUGGAAAUUUGAUCUGUGCGCGGAAGGAUGCUUUUCUGUGACGGGUCUUCACAUCUGCAGUGGCUGGGUGUGACGCAUCGAAGGUUAAAUUAAAAUUUAAAAAAUGCCCGUCUUCAGUCCCAUUAAAUUCUUCUCCCACCCUUGUGAUUUAUCCUCAUCAUCCUGGUGAAAUAUUUAUUAAGUGACAUUCUGUUAGAAUAAAGGGCGCAGCUCAUAAAUAUUUUUUUUU